AGCUAGCUAGUCACAUUUGAUGCGGACACAGCCGAUAGCUUGCUUGCGUCCUUGCUAGACAGGCUUGUUGUUUUUUUCCAUGUAUUUUAGCUCAUUUUAAACAAUCCAGGAGCUGUAAAUCUAACUAUUUAUACUUGUAUUUUAGCUAUGCUAAAUAGGCGUAUAGUGUACAGUUGGGAAAACGCACAGUGUUGCCGAAAUGAAGGGGAAAUUGGAAUGCAACAUUCAGAACAAUAUUUAAUUUUCGUUGUUUUGCUGCUGCUAGAUUAAUUUGGUUGUAAAAUACCGAACGUUUGCCAAUUGUGUAUUUCUCCCUGAUUAAUUUGCCAGCUUGGUAGCCAACGCACAUAAUCUCCCUUUCCCACCGUUACGCACUGAAAGUGGAGACAGAUGUAAAGAAAAUUGCAUAGUUGGCUAGCUAAAUUAAUUUGGGUCAUGCAUAAAUUGGCAUUAUUAAAAUGUUUUUCUUUCGGUCUGAUUUGAAUCUAUCUUGUUAGCCUGCCCGUUUUCGCAGUUAGUUGCUCGUUGGCCAAAUACCAAGCCUGCUACCACUAACUUGUCGGUUAUUUGAUUAAAGCGCAUCAAGCUGUUUUAGUAUUAGCCACUGUUUUCAAGCAAACUGGAUUAAUACUUUCCGAAAUCCGUUUUGUUUGGCUAGCUCUUACUAACCACCUUUAGCUGCUGAAGUUUGGUCGAAAAUGUCUGAAAACGCCCCUACGCGAAGCUUGGAUGACAUAGACCUCGCAGCUUUGCGGGACCCAGCUGGGAUCUUCGAGCUGGUUGAAGUUGUGGGCAAUGGAACUUAUGGACAGGUGUACAAGGGUCGUCAUGUUAAGACCGGACAGCUUGCCGCCAUCAAGGUGAUGGAUGUGACUGAGGAGGAAGAGGAGGAGAUCAAGGCAGAGAUCAACAUGCUGAAGAAGUACAGCCACCACCGCAACAUCGCCACCUACUACGGGGCCUUCGUCAAGAAGAGCCCACCCGGACACGAUGACCAGCUCUGGCUGGUGAUGGAGUUCUGUGGGGCUGGCUCUGUCACAGACCUGGUGAAGAACACCAAGGGGAACUCUCUGAAGGAGGACUGGAUCGCCUACAUCUGCAGGGAGAUUCUGAGGGGCCUCUCUCACCUCCACGCCCACAAGGUCAUCCACCGAGAUAUUAAGGGUCAGAACGUGCUGCUUACUGAAAAUGCAGAGGUCAAGUUGGUGGACUUUGGGGUGAGUGCACAGUUGGACAGGACUGUGGGGCGUCGGAACACCUUCAUCGGCACACCGUACUGGAUGGCUCCCGAGGUCAUUGCCUGCGAUGAGAACCCGGACUCCACCUACGACUUCAGGAGCGAUAUCUGGUCUCUGGGGAUCACAGCAAUAGAGAUGGCAGAGGGAGCUCCACCGCUGUGCGACAUGCACCCAAUGAGAGCUCUCUUCCUCAUCCCACGGAACCCGCCUCCUAAACUCAAAUCCAAGAAAUGGUCUAAGAAGUUCAUAGACUUCAUAGAGGGAUGCCUGGUGAAGACCUACCCCAGCCGGCCCUCCACAGAGCAGCUGCUGAAACACUCCUUCAUCCGGGACCAGCCCACCGAGAGGCAGGUCCGCAUCCAGCUCAAGGACCACAUCGACCGCACCCGCAAGAAGAGAGGGGAGAAGGAGGAGACUGAGUAUGAGUACAGUGGCAGUGAGGAGGAGGAUGAGAACAGAGGGGAUGAGAGAGAGUCAAGCUCCAUCCUGAACGUGCCGGGCGAGUCGACCCUGAGGAGGGACUUCCUGCGCCUGCAGCAGGAGAACAAGGAGCGCUCGGAGGCCCUGCGGAGGCAGCAGGCCCAGCUGGCCGCUCAGCGCCGCGACCCGGAGGAGCACAAGAGGCAGCUGCUGCACGACCGGCAGAAACGCAUCGAGGAGCAGAAGGAGCAGAGGCGCCGCCUGGAGGAGCAACAGAGGAAGGAGCGGGAGAUGGUGAGGCAGCAGGAGAAAGGCCCCCACCGCAGACUGGAUGAUCUCCGGAGGGAGGAGGACCGGAGGAUGGCUGAGAGGGAGCAGGAGUUCAUAAGACAUAAGUUAGAGGAAGAGCAGCGGCAGUUAGAGAUUCUCCAGCAGCAGCUGCUUCAGGAACAGGCCCUGCUCAUGGAGUACAAGCGCAAGCAGCUGGAGGAGCAGAGGCAGUCGGAGCGGCUGCAGAGGCAGCUGCAGCAGGAGCACGCGUACCUGGUCUCCCUGCAGCAGCAGCAGCAGCAGCAGCAGCAGCAGGACAAGAAGCCGCAGCUCUACCACUACGGCAAGAACCUGGAGCCCAACAACAAGCCCGCCUGGGCCAGGGAGGUGGAGGAACGCACUAAACUCAACAGACAGGGUUCCCCCAAGAUUUGCACCACCGUUUCAGACACUGCCAUCCAAUCACGCUCUGAUUCUAUCUGCCAAUCAGGCAUUGGGCAAGCCGCCCAGACCCCACCCAUGCAGAGGCCUGUCGAACCACAGGGUGGGCAGGGCAAGUUCCAGAUGGCCCAUCUGGUCCCUCUAAAGCCCUAUGCCGCCCCUGUGCCCCGCUCCCAGUCCCUGUGCGACCAGCCCACUAAGAACAUGUCUGCAUUCCCCACCCAGGACCCCACCCCCACCCCCCGCUCCAUCCCCUCUAGGGAACUCGUCCGCCAGAACUCUGACCCCACCUCCGAAAGCCCCGCCCCCCAGCCCUGGCCAAUCAAAGAAGACCGUGGGCCUUGGAUCCGCCUGCAGGAGCUGGACCAGCCACCCAAGGUACCGCAGAGGACCACCUCCAUCGCUACAGCGCUCAACACCAACCUGUCCUCUGGCAUCCGGCACCCAGUGAGAGCCAGUAACCCUGACCUCAGCCGCAAUGACCGCUGGGAGAGAGGGGACAGUCUGAGCGUGGUGGCCAACCUGCCUCAGACCGGCUCCCUGGAGAGGCACCGAAUACUCAGCUCCUCUAAAAUGGAUUCCCCUCCCAUCCUUCACCAUGAAGGACGCCACAAACCAGGGGACUCCCGCACCUCCAGCCGACCCAGCCGCCCCGCGGAUCAUGGUCUUUACGCUAAGGAGCGCCCGGAGGAGCCCCCGAGACCCCCGGCCAAGGCCAACGACUACUCCUCCUCCUCCGACAGCAGCGAGAGCAGUGAGGAGAGCGAGAGUGGAGAGGGAGCAGAGGAGGACCAGAGCCCGUCAGACCGUCCUCGGGAAGCAGACACAGACUCGGUGAACACCAUGGUGGUUCACGAGGAGGAGGGCGAGGGCGGAGAGGAGCAGGAGGCUGGAGGCUAUGGGGACCAAACCAUGCUGGUGCAGAGGACCCCAGAAAAGCGUAGCCACAACAGUUACACAAACCUUCCGGACGUGGUGCAGCCGUCCCACUCUCCAACCGAAACCAGCUCCCACUCCUCCCCCGGGAAGGAUGGCGCCUGUGAUUAUCAGUCUAGGGGAUUGGUCAAAGCUUCCGGUAAAUCUUCCUUCACCACCUUUGUCGAUCUUGGGAUGUACCAAACGCCAGGGGGGCAGGGAGAGCCCAUCACUGCAGCAGGCUUGGGCUCCAGGUUUGAGCAGCUGAAGCUGGAGGUGAGGAAAGGCUCCAUGGUGAAUGUCAACCCAACCAACACCCGCCCACACAGCGACACCCCUGAGAUCCGCAAAUACAAGAAGAGGUUCAACUCCGAGAUCCUGUGUGCUGCUCUGUGGGGGGUGAAUCUCCUGGUGGGUACUGAAAAUGGGCUGAAACUGCUGGACCGUAGUGGUCAGGGGAAAGUGUACCCCCUCAUCAACUCCCGCAGGUUCCAGCAGAUGGACGUCCUGGAGGGCCUCAACCUGCUCAUCACCAUAUCAGGUAAGAAGAACAAGGUGCGUGUGUAUUACCUGGCCUGGCUGCGCAACAAGAUCCUCCACAACGACCCCGAGGUGGAGAAGAAGCAAGGCUGGACCACUGUGGGAGAGAUGGAGGGGUGUGUGCACUACAAAGUUGUGAAAUACGAGAGAAUCAAGUUCCUGGUGAUCGCCAUGAAGAACGCAGUGGAGGUCUAUGCCUGGGCACCCAAGCCUUAUCACAAGUUCAUGGCUUUCAAGUCCUUCGGUGACCUGCCACACAGGCCUCAGCUGGUUGACCUGACAGUGGAGGAGGGUCAGAGGUUAAAGGUCAUUUAUGGGUCCAGCGCAGGCUUCCACGCCAUCGACGUGGACUCGGGAAACAACUAUGACAUCUACAUCCCUGUACACAUCCAGAGUCAGGUCAUGCCCCACGCCAUCGUGUUCCUGCCCAGCUCCGACGGCAUGGAGAUGCUGCUGUGCUACGAGGACGAGGGCGUCUACGUCAACACCUACGGGCGCAUCAUCAAGGACGUGGUGCUGCAGUGGGGAGAGAUGCCAACUUCUGUCGCUCAUAUCUGCUCCAAUCAGAUCAUGGGCUGGGGAGAGAAAGCCAUAGAGAUCCGAUCUGUAGAGACAGGCCACCUGGAUGGAGUCUUCAUGCAUAAGAGAGCCCAGAGACUGAAGUUCCUGUGUGAGAGAAAUGACAAGGUGUUCUUUGCCUCUGUGCGUUCCGGGGGCAGCAGCCAGGUGUACUUCAUGACUCUGAACAGGAACUGCAUCAUGAACUGGUGAAGCGGCAGCCACCGCGUCCCUGUGUCCGUUCGUGCGAUCGUCCGUGUGUCUGUCCACCUGGCUGAGAAAAUGGGUCCCCCCUCCCUGCGCCUACGCAUUCCCAUUGGGAGAGCGAGGGGGUGGAGUGGAGUAGAGGGGCCGCAGACAGAGAGAAUUAACCCUGUCUGUCACCCAUCAUCUCCCAAGCCCCUCACGAUUCCAGUUCUCGUCUCUUUUGUCUGAUUUCGGCGUGCUGUCUCCAUUCCCCCAGUGGCUGGCUGAGGCCAACUGACCGACCGUGACACCUUGUCACUGAACAAUUUGCUUUCUCUGUUCAUAUUUUCCACCAACUUGAUCGAUGGAAAGCCAAAUUAUUACACAAAGCACAAAUACGGUUGUAUAUAUUUCUGUAAUGUUGUACCUCUGAUGUGUUAAUUCCAUGGUUUGGGCACCUGGUUACUUAAAUGGUAGGACAUUCCUGUCUUCAUUUAGUCUGAGACCCACAUUAUCUUUCAAAUGGAUGGAUUUUCGGUUGGCAAAACGGGAAGACAUGGAGAUGUGCUUUAAGGCACAAUGUUAUAAGCAUUUUCAGAUAAGGCAGUGAGCUUGUCCUAGCAGAGAGCUAAUGGCCUUGAUGUGUCUGGCAGUGGGUCCCCCUACUGGUUUGGAGUGUCAUAGCAAAGUGACAAACAUUCAUCUGGAGCUGAAACUCCAGAAGGGAGUGUACUAAACAGUCGAGUGCUUUGUUUUGUAUUAUUAUUUUCCAAAUAUACUUUUUUUUUGUACUGAAUGUGGUAGUAUUAUGAGCUGUUGGGAAAAGGGAAGGAGUUUCACUAUGAAACCUAUCAGUGCUCACAGAGAAGGAAAUGUGAGCGGGAGUGCUAUACUGCAAUACAUGCAGAAGCACUGGCUGGGGCGUUGGGUGAGAGAUGGACCAGCUAACUUAUUUAAUUCCACUGUUUGUUUCUGUGAGAAUAAGAGGUUGGAGAAAUAUCAGUAAUAAAUAGUUUACUCAUUGAGACUUUUUUUCUAGUUACAUUUUAUCUGUAAAUAUCUGAGAUUACAUAUUACACAAUAGCUGUAUUUGUUAUUAUCCGUUGUGAGUUUAUGUAGUUUGAAGAGGGUGUUUAUGUUCUGCUACUUUAUCGUUAGCUUCAGCGUUGGGGUUCUAGAGUGACAAGAAGAGCGACAAGGAGGGCGUGGCAGUGAGAUUUAUUAUUUUAAUGAAGAGCGCUUGGGAGGGAAUUCACGUUAAAUAUAUAAUUAUAAUUAAACUUAAUUACUCAGCCCUGCACUCUGCACAGCGUGUAGUUGUAGGAGAAAAUGUAUCCCUUUUGAAAAUGCAUUUACAGUGCAGCGUUUACUGUCAGUUGCUGGGUGUGAGUUGGAGGGGGCUCAAUGGGUUUAUUAUGGACGAAUGAGGCUAUAGCCAUACAGUGUCUUUCCCCGUAGUGACAAUGCUCUUUGCUUGCUGUGAGCCAACAGUUCAGUGGGCUUUAACGGGGUUUACACUUAAACACUUUUAUUUCAGAAUAACUAAGGAUAUAUGGCAAAAAUAUAUAUAUGGUCAAAGUGUGUGUGUUAUGCUCACAUUUGCGUGCAUACAUAAGUCCACAUUAUUAUAAACUAUAUGUAUUGUUUUCCAAACCAAAGUUGAAAAUUUCAUGUAUACAUUAAUUUCUAUUUAUUUUAGUUGUUUUUGUUGGGGGACUUUUUAAAUAUGACAUUGUUGUAUCUUAAAUAAUAUAUUUGUCUAAAUAGAAGCACUUGAAUCAUACACGUGCCUAAAGUGAAAUAGCACAGAAUGGAUUGUAAAAUUACAUACUUAGCACUUUUUCCAUUAGUAUUUCAUUUGUGCUUAUGUUGUUAAGCACAAAUAUUUUGUGGCACCGAAGCAAUAUUAUGCUUGAAGUAUCAUCAGGAUCUUCUCUAUCUAAACCGAUAACUGCACAUCUGUGGCAAGUAGGUCCAGUGAAACUGUUCUAAAUUCAUAUGCUGGCUACCGUUGAUACAAUGUCAACUUGUGAUUGCAGAAGCUGAAAUGAUUAAAGAACACUUGUUUUACACUAGUUACAUCAACACUAGAGCUAGCUACGCUGCUUGGUGUAUAUAUGUGCCAUAUUUAUUAAAGUUUGUGAGUGUCCAGGAAGUAGCAUAUGUUGUGCUAUGUUAAGCUAUGCUGACUGGCUCCCAUCUCAUCACAUAGGUGCUAAUUGAAUGAAGACUGCUUCACUACGAUUUAUGCUAGUAUAGCUGCAGUUUUUGAUGCAUAUGGAGUUGAUGUCUAGCUAGCUAUCCAUGAUGGAAAACAUACUGUGAGACCAUUUGGAGCCAAGAUGAAAUUGGAAUUUAAGUUACGAGACUGACAGCAAGCUUAGCAUAAUGCUGGCUUGCUGCUCGACUCGAAUGAGAGGGACUAACAUGAGUGUCUGGUUGCCGUACGUGUAUCUAUGUCUACCUAUUUUGCUUAAUAACCUUUAGUUUUGAAAGAAAAACGUCCAAUAAAAUGAAGUAAAUGCU